CAGACAACAAACAAAAAAAGGAAAAACAAUUAAGAAGUCACAAGUCUAAAGCACAAAGCAAAAGCCUUUUCGUAGUCGUAACCAAAACGCCAAAUCAUUACCGUUCAACUGAAUUCUAACAGAGAGCCCUCUUUUCUUCGGAUUAUCGAUCCCUUGUACGUUAUCUUCUUCUUCUCCUUCUCCUUCGUCUUCAACUUCUUCUUUUCCAAAAUUCGUGUGUGGGUUUUUCAGAUUAGAGGUAGAUGGAGAAAGGGGUUGGAUUUGAGAAAGAGAAUACGCAGACCAACAAGACAGUCAGUGAUGGUUUUGUCGGAGGUUUUUUCCCUGUCUCUACCACCAAGAUCGCGUGGAAAUCAAGGAAAAGAUCAGCAUCGGUGAAUCCAGACAAGGCACCGGAGGCAGUUAUGGAGGUCACACCAGAGAAGAACGAGAUAACAGCAAUGGAAACCGAGAAAGUUGGGGAACCAAUGACCACAACUCCUAUUCUGUCCGAGAAAAGAAAAGCUCUCUUUGAGCCACUUGAACCCAUUACAAACUUGAACGGGAAGCGACCAACAGCGGCUGAUUCGUUGUUGCCACCGCCAGAUUUCGAGGCUGCCAACUACCCCAAAGGCUGGUUGAUCGGUAAGAAGAGAAAGCUUGUCAACGUUGAUGUAGUGGAGAGCAUGCGAAGAAUCGCUGUCCAAGAAAUGAACAGAAAGGAUCGAGAGAUAGAUGGGUUAAACGAGCAGCUAGAAGAGGAUUCACGGUGCUUAGAGCAUCUGCAACUUCAGCUGCUACAAGAGAGAAGCAAGAGGACAGAGAUUGAAAGAGAGAACACUAUGUUAAAAGAGCAAGUCGAUAUGCUUGUGAACAUGAUACAAGAAGAUGAAGAAGGAGCUGAAGAACCCUAAGCUAGUUUUCAUCAAAGUUAUGUCUUAUGUGCCACCCUAUAAUAGCUCUGUUCUGUUUGUUUAUUCUUUUGUAGAUUUGUGUCUCGUCUCGUCCGUAAGGAAGAAGGAAAGAAGCUUAGUACCAUGUAUUAUUUGGUUAAGCUACCGUUGUUCCCUCCUGUUAGAACAAAAUCAAUCAAGAACAUUAUAUACUCUAAGUUUUGAAUUCGCCUGCAAGAUUUGAACCUGGCAUUCGAUUAAAUCAUUGAUCUUCAUUGAAGUUCUUAGGAGGACGAAGAACUAUUUGCUGUGUGUGUAUGUGUGUGUCUAAAGUUGCUUCAGAUGGAAACAGAGACAAAAA